UGACGUCAAGUUGACCAUUCCAAAAUGGCAGACGUGUCAACGUAUCUGGAGGGGUCGAAUAGGACAUCUAUACAUAUCUAUGGAAAAGGUGACAAUGAGGACUGAGACAGGGCCUGGGACUGAGGUGCCACCCCAACAUAAGGGUACUGAAGUUACCAUUACAGAGUCAGCUUCAGAUGGUAAAAUGGCGAAAGAGGAUAUCAAGCCUCAUGACGAUUCUAAAGAUGUACAAGAUGCAUCACACAGAACAACAUCUGACAAGAGCCCAAGAUCCCCUCAGAAAGGCUCCAAACGUUCCAAGACUGUUCCCUUUAAAGUCACACUUUUGGAUAGAUCUAUUUAUGAAGAAAACAUUGAGGUAAGUGAAGAGAUGUUUCAGUGGUGUCCACAUGGCAAUUGUCUUUAUGCCUCAUGUGAAGCACUAAGAACACUUUAAUAAACUCAUAAAUCAACUGUUUUUUUCCACGGACUGUAGGCUUUGACAUACAGUACCUGGAAACCUUUCUAAAUUAAACUACCAUAGGUUAUUAUAAAAAUACAUUUCCCUCACAGUCAUGUUUUAGUAUGUACA